AUGGUAGGCUUUAUGCAAAAUACUUAUUCUGCACAAGAUUAUGUUGACCUUCAGAUCAUCACGUUGAACACUGGCGACGGACCCGCACGUGUAACGCUUCAUGAUCAUUCAAGACGACUCGAGGAAGUUGUCCUAGACGCAAGCUCCUUUCGGAGUCAUAACAUUUCAUCUGAAUUAAUGAAUACAGAACGAACGAGAAGCAAUAAAGGACUUAAACUCGAAUCGAAUACCACCGUUUGUGUCAUUGGCAUCAACCGCAUCGCAUUCCACACUAUGAAUUCAAUGGAUGCCUUUGUUGCGAUGGAGUAUUCGUUACUCGGGACACAGUACUACGCAGUAACAGGGAAUCAUUCGUCCGCAAUUCUUAUCAUUGGAAUAUCUGACAAUACCUCUGUUACGAUUACUCUAAGAACAAAUGAUGUAUCAUUACGAUAUUCAAACAAAAUUUACAAGAACGCAGACGUUAUAUACGAGAAUAUUGACGAAUUUGAUGUGAUAUAUAUAGAAUGCAGCGGCGAUCUUAGUGGAACAUCCAUCAGCGCCACAAAUUCCAUCAGCGUUUUUGGGGGAAACAAAUGGUAUUCAUUUUCAAAAGUAACAUAUGAAGGAGGACACUUGGUUGAACAAAUACCCCCCGUGGAACAAUGGGGAACUCGUUAUGUGAUUCAACCACCAGAGGAUUUCGGAUACAUCUGCACAAUCGUUGCAGGCUUUGACGAUACCGAUGUACGUGUUGACUGUACAAAUGGUUAUUAUAAUUCAUUUUUCUUGAACAAGAUCGGAGACACAUACACCAUCGAUGACUUGGCCGACAUGUGUGUUUUGACAUCAGAUAAACCAUAUCUUGUAUCCAUGAUAACAUCGAAAGUAUCGGAGAAAGACCCGUCAAUGGUGAUAGUACAACCCAUGGAGAAUGUUUCUGAGGACACCCUCUUUUACGUGCCGUCUGGGUUUCAUUCUGCCGAACUUGUGUUAAUGACGACGCUGAAUCCAGAAUUGAUAUACAUAGAUUCGCGUCCCAUUCAAUCAAAUCUCUUAAACAUCGACGAAGAACUCUUUGGGAUGAGAGUUACAGUAGAUGAAGGAGUCCAUACCCUCAGUGCCCCCGGAUUUGCCAUGUCUAUGUUUGGCUAUGUGCAUGGAGCUAGAAGCUUUGGCGGGGGAUUCGAGACGUUUGGGUACCCUUUGAAUCACCAACGAUAUACAGCGACCAGAGUGACAACAGAAAUGAAACGGGAAGAGUUAAAACAAGAAGGAGAUAACUUCAUCCCAAAGAAUUCGACCGCCACAGAUGAUCGACAGAAGUCUUCAUGUCUUAGGAGACAUCCGCUGCUAAUUAUAGGACUUUGUUUCACUUUUGUCGUCAUCUACACAGUCGUAUUGACGCUUGGAAUUUUACCAUUUCGUCAACAAGGGAAUGACCGAAAGGAAAACACCCGAAAGAUCUCGAUUAAUGUUGGCGCCGUUGUCAGCGACCAUGAGACAUGUUCAGAAAUUGGUCGAGAUAUGUUAAAGAGGAAUGGGUCGGCUGUUGACGCCGCCAUUGCUACUCUUCUCUGUGACGGGUUGAUGGCACCACACAGCAUGGGAAUAGGUGGAGGAAGUUUCUUCGUCAUCUACGACGCGAAAACUAAACUCACAAAGACGAUCAACGCUAGAGAGUCAGCACCCGCAGCCCUCACUUUCAGCCAAAAUAUUCAGAGGGGAGGCGAUAAAAAGGUGUUGACUAUUGGAGUACCAGGAGAAAUCCGGGGGUACUGGGAAGCCCACAAAAGCCAUGGACGUUUACCGUGGAGGGAUUUAUUUUUACCAACAAUUAAGCUAGCUGAGAAUGGUCAUUACCUCUCGCAACCUGUUUAUCGUGCUUUCGAAGUCUCACGUUUGAUAUUUGGUAUUGAUCUAACAAACAACACAGAGUUCUGUAAAAUAUAUUGCGAUGACACCGGCAAGAUAGCACCUGAGGGAGCCGUCAUAAAACAGCCACGUCUCGCCCAGACACUGAGAGGGAUCGCUGAAAAUGGACCGUCAUACUUAUAUGAAGGGCCAAUCGCGGACACAAUCAUUCGAGAAAUUCAAGAAAAAGGCGGUGUCAUGACAAAAAAAGACCUCGCAGAAUAUAUUCCGGUAGUGGAGGAUGGUAUUUCCGUCAAUCUUGGUGACGUCAUGUUGCUGACUAUGGGUGCUCCAAGUGGCGGACCAGUCCUUGGCCUCAUCCUUAAUAUAUUAAAAGGUGUAUUUCCAAACGGGAGAACAAACAUGGAGACUUCACGAAUGCGGUCUGAUUUUUUUCAUGCUUUAGUGGAGGCCACGAAGCUAGCUUAUGGUGAAAGGUGGAAGCUCGCUGACCCAGCUUUCGUACCCGAUGUCAAACAGGUUGUCGAUAAAAUGAUUUCAGACGAUUUUGCAGCCUUUCUGAGGAAUACAAAAAUGGACAUGCGCAGAACACAUAAUUGGACGUAUUAUACAAAUAUAACAUACCCGCCGAGAGAUCAAGGUACCGCUCAUGUGUCAGUUUUAGCCCCGGAUGGAAGCGCUGUUUCUGUUACCAGUAGCAUAAAUUAUUAUUUUGGAUCAACAGUAAUGUCGGAAUCUACCGGAAUAAUAUGGAAUAAUGAAAUGACAGAUUUUUCAAGGGACAACCCUCGCAAUUUUGUUGAGCCAGGAAAGCGGCCACUAUCAUCAAUGGUUCCUGCAAUAUUUGUAAACAAGGCGGGAGAGGUAGAAGUUGUAGUUGGUGGAGCUGGUGGUGCCACCAUUACACCGGUCGUUUCGGAAGUUUCUGCUUUUCUGCUAUAUCUGAAGGAUAGCGUUGACAAGGCUGUAAGGCGGAAAAGGUUUUUUCAGCGUCUUAAUUCAAAUACCCUUGAUUUUGAAAAGGGAUUUCCGCAGGAUAUCAUGAAGGACCUGGCGACACACUACGGACAUGAGAUCAAGGAGUCAAGCAAGGAUUAUAUUGCAGUGGUGCAAGCAAUCGCCAGGAACCCAAGUACAGGGGAGAUAACUGCAUUUUCAGACGAAAGGAAAAUAUCAGGGAAGGCAAAAUUCUUAACAGAGAAUGUGACUUUGUAA